CCCGUCUGACCCGACUGACGUGCCAUACGAUUACUACGACGAGAACCCGGACGAGUGCGAGGUGGUGGGCGACCUGUUCGAGAAGCGGAAGCGCUGGCUGCAAAAGGGCCCGCGCCCGCGCGCCUCAGUGGCGACGUUCGCCGACGAGCCGCCCGCCGUGGACGAGGCGGACGACGAGGCGCGGCGUCUGGUGUGGCCCACUCUGCGGCGGAGCCGCAUUGUCGGCCGUGGCGGCGAGACCGUGGUGGCGCCUCCAAGCCUGCUGCCGCCGUUCGUGAGGUACCCGUCGGACCUGAGCCUGGUCCACCUCGGUCCACCUCAGCAGGCGAGGUGCCUGAAGUCCAAGCGGGCCUAUCGGCGGCGGCCGGACGAUCGGCGCGUGGUGAAGUUCGUCGGCGUGGAUCUGGAUUGCCCCGUCGGCGGCCUCGUCGAC